AUCAGCCUGUUGCCCCUGGUGGCUGCGCACGGCUUCCUCGCGUCUCCUCCAGCCCGGCGUCCGGGCUCCGCCUACCGCGCCACCUGCGGCGAGCAGCCCUUCUACCAGCAGAGCGCCGACAUCAACGGCAAUGUCCAGGGCAUCCAGCAGAUCGUCGGCAGCGACAAGACGGCCGCCUGCAACCUCUGGCUGUGCAAGGGCUUCGUGUUUGAGGACAACCAGAGCAACGUGCAGACCUACUCGCUCGGCCAGACCAUCGACAUACGCGCCACCAUCGCCGCCCCGCACACGGGCUACGCCAACGUCUCGGUCGUCAAGACGAGCACCAACACCAUGAUCGGCACCCCCCUGAUCGAGUUCCAGAACUACGCCUCCAACGCAGGCGUCGCCGCCAACAACACGGCCUUCAGCGUCACCCUGCCCCAGAGUCUCGGCGGCGAGUGCACCGCUCCUGGCGAUUGCGUGCUGCAGUGGUUUUGGGAUGCCCCCGAUAUCGACCAGACGUACGAGUCCUGCGUCGACUUUACUGUCUCGGAAGGCGGGAGCGGCUCGGCGCCGUCUUCGUCGGCUGGUGCCACAUCUGCUGCCGAGACCACCGUCGCGACCAGU